CAGAAGCUCAACACUGAACUGCUCCACAUGAACGACCUGCUUGUGCUCUAAAAACUGGAUAGGUCGUUUGAAAGUGGCGACAUUAGUCUUUGUGCUGGUCGUUCAACCCUUGAGAAGACAGAUGGUCUAGCUGGUCUGUCACCUUGGCUGUGGUCCUCAGGCUCUUCCACAGUCUCCCUGGGGUGUUGAUGACACUGGCUCGGUGCCAGUCCUCUGUAGAUGAAGAUGUCCCUGGCCCAGCGAGUGCUCCUUUCCUGGAUCUUCGCCCUGAUCUUCCUCAUCAUGCUGGUCCUCAAGCUAGACUCCAAGAUCCACUGGAACUGGUUCCUCAUCUUCCUCCCUGUCUGGACUUUUGACACCAUCCUCAUCCUCAUGCUGGUGGUGAAGAUGGCGGGUCGCUGCAAGCCGGACUUUGACCCCAGGGAUGGUGAGCAGAGUCUGAAGCGGAGGUUGUGGUACUUGACAGCCUUGUUGCUGAAGCUGGCCUUCUGUCUGACUCUAUGCUCACGCCUAGAGAGGCUCACCGAAAUGUGGGUCAGCUUGGUGUGUGUCCCUCUGUGGGUGCUGCUGGGUGGGGCACUGGUGGAGCUGGGACACAGUGUUUUCCACUACAGGAGGGACUGAACCAGAACACUGUGCAGUACACGGGUUGAAAUGUACGGAAGGGGACUUCAAGGUUUUGAUACUUAAGUUUCUCUCACUACAGAUGCACCAAUCUGAGUCACUGGAUUGGUAUCAGGGCUGAUAUUGACCUUACUGAGCGCACUGAGUAUCGUCCACACCUGACGAUCCACACUAGUUUGUUUGUCAGUGUUAUUAUAACAUUAAUCACUGUAACUGCUCUAAGUUAAAUAUAUCACAGCAGGUUGAGGUCCAAAUAAGGUGUACACAAUGUGAUGUACAGGUUUCAAAUUUCCGGAAACAGGUAGCACCAGUUUCGGACUGGGAAUCUGUAUCACAAGAGUAAAAACUUGGAUCAAUGCAUCUUUCUCUCCUGCCACAGAAGAGCUAAAUUGUGUUAUUCUGUUGCAUUUUGGUUUGAAGGAGGGUUUUUUUGGCAUCUUCAGAAUAAUCACAGCUUUUACACUGUUUUGGCGUUCACAGCAUUGCCUUCUGGCUUGACUUUAGGCAGCAGGAGAAGAAAACCAGGCAAAUUUAGAAUCAGAUCACUUAAACUGCUAGCAAACUGAGGUAUUGAUCAGCUAUUGUGAUCUAAAAUGUGCAUCAGUUCCUGGCUACACUAAAUGUUGAUAUACAAGUCACCUCUUCACUGUUAUGCACUAGCAUGUGUUGCCAGCCGUUGAGCCAUUCACUGUCUGUCUCUGAUAUCACUGUUGACCUGUUAGAAACUACACCACAUCCAUAAAGAUGGCAUUAUUACUAUUUGCUCAGGAUCUCGCUCUGCAGGUUACACAAUUUGGAUGUAAAUUUUGUAAUUGCUCUCAUUAUAUCAAAUAAAAAACAUCUUUGCAUUGUGCAAAGAUCUAUUUUACUGUCAAUUUUUUAGUUUACAUCUUUUAGGAGAAGUAGUUUCCUGUGAAUACAAUAUAAACAUCUGUAAGCUGAAAAGCAACGUUGUUCUCUAAAUCAACAGGGUUUGUCCUGACUCACC